AGGUAAAUUGUUAUUCUAUGUUUCAUCUUCAUUUAUUUUUGUCCUCAAUGGCCCCCCUCCCUUUUUGUGAACCAUGCAUAGGACAUUAGGAUAUUUUGUUAUUAUAAUGUUGAAUGGAUCUCAAAUUCACUCCUUUCUCUGCAACUCUCAGAAUUUCAUGGUUUUCAAGCAAUAAUAAGUUUGAACAAAACUUUGAGAAUGAGAUUAGUGGAAGAUAAAGGAUGUUAUAGUAACCAUGGAUCAAUAGCACAAGAUACUCCAAAUAGCAAUUCCAUAAUGUAUUCAGAGUUUCACAAAGGAAAAGAUGCUACUACUACUACUGGUACUACUAAUAGUGCUACUACUCGUGUUUCGAAUCAUCAUCGAAUAAAUAUGGGAAAACCAACGCCGUCUAAGUGGGAUGAUGCGCAAAAAUGGCUUGUAGGUUUAUCUAAAGGUGGAGAGAAAAGCCAAUCAAAAAACAAACCAAGAAACUCAAAUGCAGAUGAUUUGAGAUUAAUAGCUCCUGUGCCACAAAAAGAGGAAGAACACGACGAUAUUUACAAUGGAUGCCGCGAUUUCAUGACAACGACUAGUACUGAAUAUGUAGAAGAAGAAACCAAGAAAGUAGAAUGUGAUGAAUCAAUUUGGAGAGUGAAUAAUAAUAAGAUUUUAGCUGAAAACAAAAACACAAUUCAUGUUCAAUCAAUAUGUUUUAGAGACAUGGGAACUGAGAUGACACCUAUUGCUAGUCAAGAACCUUCAAGAACUGCUACACCUAUUAGAGCUACAACUCCUAUUACUAGAAGUCCAAUUCAUUCAGGAACUUCAACUCCAAUGAGGAAUCAAAAUGGAUUGUUGCAAAUGGAAGCUGCAUCAGGUAAUGAUGGAAACACAACUAGACAAUGUGGAGAAGGAUUGAGUCCUUGUAAGAUGAUUGAGAAGAACAAGAUUGAAGAUCAACAAGGUAGAAAGUUGAGUCCUUUAGAAAGUAGAGCAAUGGCUUGGGAUGAAGCAGAACGCGCCAAGUAUAUGGCCAGGUUUAAGCGCGAAGAGAUGAAGAUUCAAGCAUGGGAAAAUCAUCAGAUAAGAAAAGCUGAAAUGGAAAUGAAGAAAAUUGAGGUGAAAGCUGAGAGAAUGAAAGCUGUGGCACAAGAAAAGUUAACAAAUAAACUAGCUUCAACAAGGAGAAUAGCUGAAGAAAAAAGGGCUAAUGCACAAGAGAAGCUUAAUGACAAUGCUUUGAGGACUACUGAAAGGGUAGAGUAUAUAAGAAGGACAGGGCAUGUUCCUUCUUCAUUCUCUUGCACUUUUAAGUUUCCUUCCAUUUGCUGCUGGUAGCAAAGCAAGUAUCAAUUCAUAUUUGUAAUUUAUAUAUAUGUUGUAUGAAAUAUAAAACCUUUUGAAUCUAGCUCAAUUUAUUUUUAUGCUACUUCUAAAUAAUUUUUGCAAA